UUUUUACUUGAUUCAGGAUUGAGGGUCAGAACAAACAUGGCCAACCCAACUCCCACUAACAGCAUUCUGCCUGCCAACGAAAGCUCUACCUCACAAGAUGAAUGUACCCACACAUCGCUUCAUGUCCCGCUAGCGGUGGUCUACUCUGUGAUCUUUAUUCUGGGUUUUCCUGGAAACAUGGUGGCUCUGUGGGUCUUCCUUGCGGUUAAAAAGAAGAAGAACUCCAUUCACGUGUUUCUCAUCAACCUCGUUUUUGCCGACCUGCUGCUGGUUAUUUUUCUACCAUUUCGGAUUUUCUAUCACACCCAUAAUGGCACCUGGAAUAUGCAUCCUACCCUGUGUACAAUAGUAGGCAUCCUCUUCUACACAAACAUGUAUAUCAGCAUCAUCCUGCUGGGACUGAUUAGCGUGAAUCGCUACUUGAAGAUCAGUUGCAGCGUAGGGAUGCAGCGACGGCUUUUUUCCCCAAACUCAACCCGUAUUGUCUGUGCUGUUGUCUGGUUUGGUGUCUCAGCUUUGAUGUUCUCUGCCUACAUGUGGAAACUGUCAGGCCCAGAUAAUAGGUGUUUCCACUACAAGAAGCUCCUAGAUGCAAAGUGGAGAGCCUACAUCAACAUGCUUGGGCUGGUUAUCUUCUGGAUUGUAUUCAUAGCUCUGAUGGUAUCUUAUGGCAAGAUCGCCCUGAAGCUCCUGAAGAAAUCAAAAGAGAGACCAGAAAUGCCCAACGCACCUCACUACGCUCGAAGCGCCAAGAAGUCCUUCUUCAUCCUUUUCAUCUUCACCUUCUGUUUUGUCCCCUAUCACAUGUUCAGAAUCUUCUACAUUGUGACACAGAUCACAGAAAGCUCCUGUUUCUUGAUUUACUUGGCAGACAUAACCAACAAUGUUGCGUUGUUAUUUACUGCUUCCAACAGCUGCCUGGACCCCAUCAUAUAUUUCCUGUUAUCCUCCUCAGUGAGAAAGGAGAUGCUGCACAUAGUGAAACGAGUGUUUUGUGUGCAAAAUGUUGCCAUCAGUGAGAGCACCACCUCCUAUGAGAACCAUGAGAUAAGAUUAGAAGAGUACCAUUAAACAUGUUAAUACACGUUUGUCGCUGAAUGCAUUAUUAUGUUAAUGUUGAUUUAUGUGAUGGUCAAGUCACAUUUGACAAUAGAUUUAAUAAGUGUAACCAGCACAAUAAUUUCAAACAUUAUUGGAGGGAAAUAUUCAUCUCAGCCAACAAGCUAGCAUUUAUUAGCCUCUAUAUUUCUUACUGCUAACCGUCCUUAAAAUUCACUUUUGUAAAGUUAAAUGAUUAGCUUGUUACGGCUUCCUUUCAUCUAUUAAAGCCAGCAGUGUGGUAGCAUGUAAUGUCCUAGCAGUAUGGACUUAAAGUCAAAGACAUAAUGCAGACAACACCGAAGAUCCCCUUCAGACAGGAUUAUGUCUCUCAGCUGCAUUUCAAUGGUUUGUAUUUAAAAGUCCAAAU